AUGGGUUUUACAACAACAGCCAUUGUGAUUCUGGUGGCCAUCGGCCUCUGGUAUCUUGUACCUCGACAACGUGGCCAAGGGAAAGCAUUCGUGUCUCAGCCCAACGCAUCCUAUGAUUAUAUCGUUGUUGGCAGCGGAUCAGCUGGAGCAGUUGUAGCCAGCAGACUCAGCGAGGAUCCGAGAACCUCGGUCCUUCUUGUGGAGGCAGGACGUGAUGACAAUGGGGACCCCUACAUUUCAACCCCAGCUUUGGCGGUAUCCAUACAAUCUGAUGACCCGGAAGUCGUCGAAAACUUUUAUACAGAGCCAGACAAAUCUAGAUACACCGGUUUAAAGAACGGGCAGGCGAAAUGGCCAAGAGGCCACGUCCUUGGAGGUAGUAGCAGCAUUAACUACAUGUUGUAUGUCCGAGGAUCCAGGAAUGAUUUUGACCGCUGGGCAGUGUAUACAGGUGACCGUCAAUGGGACUACAAUCAUGUACUGCCUUAUUUCAAGAAGUCUGAGAAGAUGCAGAACCCAGAAUUAUCAAACUCGAUAUACCACAACAAAUACGGUCCACUGGGAGUUAACACUAUCGAUUCUAAUACAAGGACAAUCAUUAAAGAGAAGAUUCUGAAGGCUGCGCAGGAACUGGGGUAUCCAGUAAACGACGAUUACAAUGGAAGGACUAUGGAGGGUAUAGGAUAUGCCCAGACAUUUACUGAGAAUGGCGAAAGAUCCAACACAGCCAGAGCCUUUUUGCGUCCGGUCCUAGAGAGAGAGAACCUGCACAUUUCAUUGAAAUCUCGAGUACAGAAGGUGAUUAUCAACGACAAACAAGCUGAAGGAGUCGAACUGGUUAAGGAUGGAAAGAAGUAUGUGGUACGAGCGAAAAAAGAAGUAAUACUAUCUGCAGGAGCAAUAGAAACCCCUCAGAUCCUGAUGUUGUCAGGAAUUGGCCCAAAGAAUCAUUUAAAGGAUUUGAAAAUCCCUGUAGUGGCCGACCUGCCAGUGGGAGAAAACCUACACGACCACACACUUGUCGAAGUACCUAUAAAAUAUAAGAGUUCGGGUAAAAGCAUUCCUUCAGCUCUGUCAAAGUUAUGGGAUAAAAUUAAUUACAAGUUCUUCGGAUCUGGUCCUUUGUCAACAUGUGGGUCUGAAUUUAACAUAUUCGCAUCGACAACAAACGAUAAUAAAAGGAAAGACUGGCCAGAUCUUCAGAUUAUGCUUAUGGGUGCUGGGUUUUCAGUAGGCUCAAACUACUUAGAGACGAUGAAUGUGGAUCCAAAAUUGGUUAAGAGCUAUGCUUAUCGAGAUCAUGUAGAAGUUGCGAUUAAUUGUUUUCCCUGCGUGCUACGUCCAACCAGCAGAGGAAAGCUUCAGCUACGGAGCAGAGAUCCCUUUGACCAUCCCGUCAUAGUCCCUAAUUAUUACGAGACACAAGAAGACGUGGAGACGAUGCUCAAAGGAAUACAAAUUUGUAAGAAUAUUACUGGUAGUGCUGCACUUUCUGAUGUCCGAGCAGAGUUUGUUGACAAUCAACCUUUGUCCGUUUGCCGAGAACAUCGUGUGGGUUCCGACGAGCAUUGGUCAUGUGUGAUGAAAUCAAGACCACACACCGUCUUCCAUCAUGUCAGCACUUGCAAGAUGGGUGCAGCUAACGACUCCUCUUCUGUGGUGGACCCUCAACUGAGGGUCCGGGGCGUGGAGGGUUUACGAGUCGCAGAUGCUUCCAUUAUGCCGUUCAUCGUAUCUGCAAACACGAACGCAGCUACAAUCAUGAUUGGGGAAAAGGCCGCAGACCUCAUUCGGGGACAACAGUUGAAGCCUCUAUACAAUGUCUAA